UGCUUAGUGAGAGAGAUCCGCCGAUUGAUAAAAUCUAUGCCCAAACGCCGAUCAAUUAUCCGGCAAUUCACUCCCCUUCCUCGCUAAAUCGACAGAUUCAGACAUUUCCUGGAGAUACGUUGCUCAGAGAGUGGGAUUUUCGAUCUGGUGCUGCACUUGUAAAGGCAAAAUCAUAUGUUGACACUCUUAAGGGUUACUCGGACGUCGCUCAUCCACCGUCUUCUUCCCGGGAGACUAUACCAACAAUCCAGGAGACGGUCACUCAGGAAGCCCUCAACCCAAAGGCACCAUCAGAGAACGAUGCCAUAUGCAUCACAAUCCAGCCCUGUAAUUGAAUGGGAGUUAGCAUCCAGAGACUUGGACAGAAUCUGUUACAGCCUGGAAGCCUUUGUCUGCAUCUUUUGUACAGGAAUGCAGCGAGCUAGUAAUGAUAAGGCAUACUUGUGGGGUCUCGGUUUUAAGCAUUGAUUGGAGGGGUCUAUGUAAGAACUUGAUUUGGACUUACACAUAAGGCCAAGGAGAUUGUUUCUACAUUACAAGGCCAGCAGGAUAGCCAAGAGAAUUUUCUUCUUAUGGGUUGCCAUUGUCCUGCAUAGCUUUUUUCUUCUUUUCGCAUAUAGUUGGUUGUUUGUAAUCCUACAUUUAUGUUGUUUUUUUUUUGGCGCUUCUGUUUGGGUCUUGCCAGCCCCCCCCUUUUGUACCUUUUAUUUUUCCUUAUUAAUAAAAUUUCUCUCUUUAA